AUGGAGCGCCACUCGGCCCGCCCUGCGCUGCUGUUCCUCCUCUUCCUCCUCCUCCUCGCCGCCCGGGAGUCCCGGCCCCUUCCCUGGAAGGCACGGCAAGAUCCCAAGAGCCUGCCCGCCUACAUGCUGGAGCUGUACAAGGCGGUCACCGGGAGGGUGUCCCGGGCGAUCUCCGACCCCGAGCGCAGCGCCGUGCUCCAAGCCGACCAAGUGGUCAGUCUGCCGGCCAGAGGUUGGAAUUACAGUGGGGACAGUUGGAUCAUUGACUUUGACAUGACUUCCAUCGCUGAGCAUGACUUUGUGCAUUUUGCAGAGCUCAGGAUCCGAAUGCACCCAAUCUCUACUUGUCCAAACACCACCAUCUUCAUCAACCACAUCCACAGCUACAAAUGCCAGGGCAACAGGACCUGCCACAGUUGCUCACCCCUUGGCUCCUUCACCGUAAACCCUCCCACUGCCAGUUCCAGUUGGCAGGUCUUCGAUCUCACUGGUUUACUGAACAGAUGGCUGAGCCGGGGCGCUCCACUCCGGGAGUCUGAGAAGCCCGGGAUCCAGGAUGUUCACCGAUUUCCUCCCGGAGAGCACCAGCAAAGCCAGUGCCAGCCGGGCAAGUUGGCCAAACUGGCAAGGGCGGGCACCCGUGCCAAGCCCCCUCAUCGGAGAUCCGAGCAGAUCAUGAUGGUCGUUUUCUUCAAGAGGAGCAGGGCAGAGGUGGGUGGAAUCCCCUCCACACUCCUCAGGACUGUGGAGCGCUCCAAGUUCCAACGGGCUGGUGAGCUGGGGAACGCCAAGAGGCAGAAGAGGAACCGGAAGGAGAGGCUGAACAUGGGGAACAGCACGUCACUGAGAGACCGGUCACUGUGUCGGCGGAUGGACAUGGAGGUGAACUUUGACCGGAUUGGCUGGGGGGGCUGGGUCAUACACCCCAAAUCCUUCAACGCCUACAGGUGUGGGGGAGAGUGCCCCUCACCUCUGGAUGAAACCUUCAUGCCAACCAACCACGCUUACAUGCAGAGUUUGCUGAAAUCCUUCCACCCAGAACGUGUUCCCUGCACAUCCUGUGUGCCCGUUAAGAUGAGCCCUCUCUCCAUGUUAUACUACAAGAAUUGGGAUGUGGUUCUGAGUCAUCACAUGGACAUGAUUGUGGAGGAGUGUGGGUGUCACUGAUCUGU